AUGACACACGCUAAGAUGUCAUCUGGUGGUCCUAAGAAAACUCAGGAGUUUUCUGAUAAAAGCAAACCCCAAGCUAUUCGGGAAAGUAACAUCGUCGCAGCCAAAGCUGUUUCCGAUGCUAUCCGAACUAGUUUGGGUCCAAGGGGUAUGGAUAAGAUGAUCUUAGAAGCUAAAGGGGACGUAACCAUCACCAAUGACGGUGCGACAAUUCUCAAGCAAAUGAAGCUUCUUCAUCCUGCAGCCAAAAUGUUGGUUGAGCUGUCCAAGGCUCAAGAUAUUGAGGCUGGUGAUGGAACAACUUCAGUUGUUAUUCUUGCUGGUAGUCUUCUUGACGCCUGUUCCAAGCUUUUGAACAAGGGUCUCCAUCCUACCGUUAUCUCUGAAGCUUUCCAACUUGCGGCAAAGAAAGCCUGUGAGGUUAUCACUUCUAUGGCCCAACCUAUUGAUAUCAAUGAUAGGGAGAUGCUUCUUAAAAUCGCUUCGACCUCUUUGAAUUCAAAGGUUGUUUCUCAGUACUCUAGCAUUUUAUCUCCAAUUGCUGUCGAUUCAGUUCUGGCUGUUACUGAUAUGGACGAUCCUGAUGCGGUUAAUCUUAAGGAUAUCCGAAUUGUAAAGAAACUUGGUGGUACAGUCGAAGAUGCCCAACUUAUUGAUGGUCUUCUCUUGAGCCAGCGAGUUGAGUCAGGUUGCGGUGUUCGUCGUGUGGAGAAAGCGAAGAUUGCUCUUGUUCAAUUCUGCAUUUCCCCACCAAAGACGGACAUGGAGAACAAUGUUGUUGUCACCGACUACACUCAGAUGGAUCGUAUUAUGAAGGAAGAACGUCAGUACAUUCUUAACAUUGUCAAAGCUGUCAAGAAAUCUGGUGCCAAUGUUAUUCUUAUCCAAAAGAGCAUUCUUCGUGAUGCCGUUAAUGAUCUAGCUUUGCAUUUCUUCGGCAAGCUUAAAAUCAUGGUUGUCAAGGAUAUUGAACGUGAUGAGAUCGAGUUCAUUUGCAAGACACUUAGGUGUGUGCCAGUAGCUAGCGUCGAUCAUCUCACACCUGAUGUGCUUGGAAAAGCCGAUCUGGUUGAGGAGAUGGAAAGUGGUGGAUCUAAGAUUGUUAAAAUCACUGGAAUUCAAAACCGUGGUCGUACGGUCUCUGUUCUUUUGAGGGGUUCAAAUAAACUAGUACUUGAGGAGGCUGACAGAUCUCUGCAUGAUGCUCUAUGUGUCAUUCGUUGUCUUGUCAAGCGUCGUGCGCUGAUUGCUGGUGGUGGAGCCCCAGAGAUUGAAAUCUCCCAAAAGAUGGCCCACAUGGCAAAUGAAUCAACUGGUUUGGAUCAGUAUUGUCUAAGAGCUUUUGCUGAUGCUAUGGAAGUUAUUCCAUACACUCUUGCUGAGAAUGCUGGUCUCAAUCCCAUUCAGACUGUCACUGAGCUUAGAGCGCGUCAUUCAAAUGGUGAAGUUAAUUGUGGUAUCAAUGUUCGCAAGGGUUUCGUCAGUGAUAUGAUGGCUGAAAAUGUUUUGCAACCACUUCAAGUUACUCACAGUGCUGUUACUUUGGCAACAGAAACUGUUCGCAGCAUUUUGAAGAUUGAUGAUGUAGUAAGUUAA